CUUUCAAAGGUCGCAAUCGAAGCUUGCAAGAGCAUGCAAGAUCCUGUUAGUGCAUCUGCUUAAAACUGUUGCUGUUAAGCAGGCAAUAAGCAGGCAACAAUUCAGCAAUUUGAAGACAUUCUUGCCUAUUUUUUUAUUUCUGACAAAUUGGUAGAACGAUGAAACUUUCAAGCCAGUUUUCGUCAAUUUGAAAUUCAAAUGUUUGAAUAAUAAUAUAAUAUGAAUAAACUUACAUGGAUUGUGUACGAGAAACAGGAAAUAAAUUCUUACCAACCUAUUUUAUUGACGUUUUAAAGGCGAAUUCGCGGCGAAAUUUGCCUCGUGGAGAUCAGCCAAUGAAAAUACUAUAACCAUUGUUAUAGUCCGUCGAAUAAGGAUGGACAUGUUAUGUUAUAUCAUAUUGUAAUUUUAAAACAAUAUGACGCAUGUUGCUAAUAAUAGAACCUCAUCACACCUUGGCAAAUCGCACUUUGGAUCCACGGUAUCUGGUGUUUGACCAAGAUGUAUAGCUUCCCCCUAGGCAAAUUUUUUCGUUUAUCAUUUUUCCGGGUAUUCUGUGAUCGAACUGAAUGUAUCCUUCGUUUGCAUUGCGUCGUUUGUCAGGCAUAGGUCAGCUGGUGCUUUGCGAAACGGGAACUCCCUGUCAUACAGUGGACACAUACAGUGGGCGUCAUAAAAAUCAUUUAUAAAGCGCGAUGUAUCUUAAAUAAAAAGUCAAUUUAAUCACAUUGGGCAGUUGAGGCAAGUCAAUAUACAGAUUCUUCAAAGGUUAUAUGACAGUGAAUUGGAAGUUAUCUCAAUUUAACGAUGAAUUGGAAAUUUGGAAUAAUUCUACUCAUUUCCGUCUUGCUAUUAAUCAACGAUGUUAUCGCAAGGAAAUACUACAAAAGAUAUGGACGAACCAGAAGAUCUAGACGCUGUCAAAUUCGUGGCCCACGCAGACGCAGUGACAGCAUAGCGAUUGUUGGAGGAGGAGCUGCAGGUGUACACAUGGCACUGAUGCUGAAAAGAAAAGGGUUCAAAGAUAUCACAAUCCUUGAAAAGAGAUCGCGACCAGGAGGCAAGUCAUUCACGGUCAAUUACAGAGGAGCUCCCCAUGAAUUAGGUACAUGCUACUUGUCACCAGAUUACGAGGAAAACAUUAUAGCACUGAUGAAAAAAUACACUGGUGACAACCUUGUCCAUCUUCCAUCAGCCUCUAUAUGGACGGACAAAUUCCGAAUGCCAUUGACGUAUCAACAGUAUGUAGGCAUGGAAUCAUUACGUAAUUUCAACACAAAAGAUCCUCUGGUAGCAAAAGCAAAACUUGGGCAGACUGUACACAAGUACAUAAAAAUACACCAACAGCUCUUUGGAAAUUAUACAGGGGAACUAAUGCCUAGGCCAACACGUGGGGUCAUGUACAAAAUUAGAGGCACGUUUAUGGAGUUCCUUAAAAGGAACGGCUUACAAGCUUUGCAACCGCUGUUUUUGGCCUCGCACACUAUGCAAGGCUACGGUCACUUGGAUGAAAUAGCUGCAUUGUAUGGCCUCAUGUGGAAUACUCCAAAACUGAUGUUUGGGCUGCUCAGUCGCAUGAAUGGCGACAAAAAUACAGGGCUCUUCAUGUUAAAACACGGAUUCCAGCAUCUCUGGGAAACGAUCAUCGAGAAAGAGCAUUUGCAUAUAGAAUAUGACGUUAAUGUUGAUCACGUGUACAGGGUUCGCAGAGGCUCUUGGCUGUGCACACGUCAUCACGAACAUUGUCAAUAUUACAAAUUUGUGAUCUGGACGCCCGAACUGAAACAAAGUAUUCACAAAUUCCAGCCUCUGCACGCAGACGAACAGGAAAUAUUCAGCCGAACGACCGUGCACUACUAUUCAACUUCACUCGUGGACUCCUUGAACGUGCGCAGGGGCCUCACCAGCAUCGACUACAUGUUCAGCAAUGUUUUGCAUAAGCGUGAGCACAGCGUCUGGGCCCAACGCGAUUCCUACGCAGCACUCCGAGGGGACAAUGGAACCGACUAUCAAAAUGGCAACUAUCCAUCAGGUGACGAUGGAAAAAAAAUGAGAACGACAGUUGGGUACCAAUACGGUAAAACGAAGCCAACUAGAGACCAAUUGAAGAGGAUCAUGGAGAGCACUUUGCGGAGAAUGAACGGAAAAAACAUCGACAUAAAGUUCGCAAUUCCAUGGCGGUACUUCCCUAGGUUCAACCCGCAAGAUGUUUAUAAUGGUAUAAUUUGGGAUAUACUGAAAAUACAAGGAAAAUACGGAAUGUGGUACUCUGGAUCAUCGGUGAUCUUCGAGUCAGUGAAGAGUGUUGUUGAAUACAACGAACUGUUGCUUAGGAAAAUGAAGUCAACGAGAUGUUAAAAGAGACUCAAAAGACACGAAGAGGCUUAGUAUUAGUUUAGAAGUGUUGAAUAUUAAUCUUUGGGAAACAUGAGCAAGCAAAUUGGCGAAAUGCACAGUAAUACUUUUAAUUCGAAUAGUAGGUUUGAGCUUCUGUCCUAAUUUCCUAACAAAUGUCUUUGCAAGGUUCUACACCAACAAAUGAAUCUUUGUAGAAUCAUUCUAUUUUAUCCUGAAAUCCUUUUAACGUCCCUAGGGUCUUGAUGUAUUACCACUUUAUUAGCUAAGCAUCUCCAGUGGCCAGAACAGAAGAACAGCCCAAAGAAAGGUUUAUGCAACUCAAGCAAUUUGCUUGCUCAUUAUUUAUUUCCAAUUAAAAUCAUAAUCACAUUAAGGAUUUUAUUUUAAUUUUGAUGCCGAGAUAUUUAUUUGGGUUAAAGUAUGCAGUUAUUUAGCUAUUCAGAUUUAACAAUUAUUCGCAUUAUAAUGAAUUAAUACAAUAUACAAGAUACAA